AUGGCGACAGUGAGGAGGUGGAGGUCAGACUGGAGGUUUCCCACUGGUCUGUUGUGUGCCUACAGAUUUUUCAGCACAGUCAAACCCCUGGAUCCCUUCUCGGUCCCGUACUUGACUGGACCAGACAAGAAUCUGACAACAGAACAGGUGAGCAAUGACAUUUUCCCAGUAUCGUCAUACUCUCACCUGUGUGUGCUGGUGCCAGUGUUCUUGUUGACCGACUGGCUGCGUUACAAGCCCGUGGUCGUCUUACAAUGUGCGGCCCUCUUCAUCGUCACGGCCAUGCUGCGCUGGACAGAAAGCGUAGGGGCGAUGCAGGCGUCACAGUUCUUUUCAGGAGUGGCGGCAGCCUGCGAUGUAGCCUCUUCCGCCUACAUUUACAGCGUAAUAGAUCUGAAGUGGUACCGGAAGGCCACUUCUUACUGCAAAAGUGCCAGCCACCUGGGUAACACGGUGGGCUCUGCGCUCGGUCAGCUGCUUGUCAGCUUCCACCUCAUUACGUACAACAAUAUCCUGGUACUCACUCUUGUUUUCGUCACCAUCGCGCUCCUGGCCUCCCUUCUUCUACCGACGCCACGGCGGAGCGUGUUCUUUCACCACAGACGUGCUGCUAACAGAAGAUCAAGAGAUGCGCCAAUAACGCGCGAAACACGACAUGCAAACAGAAUCAAGAUAUACACAAUUGGGAGCGAGACAGAGAGAGAACCGCAGUGUGAUGCAAGAAAUGAAGAGGAGGAAAAUGUCUCUACGGCUGAGGACCAUUCAGAAAGUGGUGGACAGGUUCUUCUUCAACUAUGGAGAGUCCUUCUUGACUGCUAUUCAUCCAGACAGCUGCUCUACUGGUCGGUGUGGUGGGCCUUGGCUUUGUGUGGCUUUAACCACAUAGGCAGCUAUACUCAGGUGCUGUGGGAGAAUGUGGCGUCCUCUCAGGACACUCGCGUUUACAACGGUGGGGUGGAGGCGGUGUCCCACCUGUUGGGUGCAGCAGUAGCCUACGGCGUUGCCUUUGCUGAGAUCAACUGGGAGCAGAGGGGACAGCUGGUUCUGAGCGUUUGCUCGGGCCUUGGAGGGGCGACACUCUUCCUCAUGACCUUCAUCAACAACAUCUGGAUCUGCUACGCCAGUUACAUCGUACUCUGCUGCAUGCAGACACUGUCCAUGACCGUUGCCACUUACCAGAUUGCAGCAGACCUAACGAUGGAGAGAUAUGCUCUAGUUUUUGGAGCCAAUACUUUUGCUGCAUUGACUCUACAGACCAUCAUGACUGCUAUUGUGGUUGACAGUGAAGGACUGGCGCUGGACGUUGUUCUUCAGUUCACCAUAUAUUCCAGCUACUUCACAGCCAUUGCUGUCGUUUUUGCUCUGCAUGCCCUGUGGUGGAGAACACGAAGCGGCAACAAAGAAUUGAAGCCCCUGGACAAAAAUGAAACUGAACUGAAUCCAGAACCUAGCCUCACCUAACCUGAAAUACACUCCUGAACUAAAUUUUAAGGCCAGUUGAAAACGUGCAAGAAUUUCCAUUUGUUGGAUCUUAAGUCGGUUCUAAGUAGAGCUUCAAAAUGCAAAAAGAAGAAACGUGAGACCAAAAAGUUUUUCAAUAAGCAAUUUAUUGCAAAUCGCAAAACUUUUCAUCAGCUGAUCAAAAGUCUCAAGGAAAACCUUUUUGGGAAAGUUUUUUGGGAGUUUUGCCCAUCAUCCACAAUCUUUAUGUGAAACAUGACCACACGUCUUUCUCUGUCUAACUAGACACACCUACAAGUAUUUGGACUAUAUAGCCCUGAGGAAAAAAAAAAAAAAAACUCAAAAAACGCCAACAAUGUUAAUUUCAACAUUGUUAUUGUAGCUGCUAACACAAAGAGCUAUUUCUCUGGCAUAGUGACGCAGCUAGUGGCGUGUUCAAAACAAUGUAAUAGGA